UUAAAAGACAAAUUGAAUGUAAACUCAAGUUACGCAUCAAAAUUAAUUAACUGCACUGAAAAAAAAUAAAAAUAAACAUGCCCUAGAUGUGAUGUUAUACUUGACCACCGUUGCACCACCAGCCACCGUUGCAGCACCACAGAUCCAGUGAGCUCAGCCACCGUCCCUCCCUUUGCCGAAAACAGAGAGCUCCUCGCCUCUUCACUGUCCGUCGACCAGCUCUGCCCCAUAACUACCGGAGCUCCAGCCAAUUUCACGCCGUCAAUCAUAGCUCCACAUUCACCUCCUUUCAUAGAUUCACACUCGCAGACACAAAAGAUUUCAGCAAGAGCUUGAGGUUCAGUCGCCGCUCUGAUUAAGUUACAGCUCCUGUUUCUUCUUCCCAAAAAUCGGAAACGUUCAUUUCUUUCAACCUUGUCCUAUUCAAUAAAUACACUCAUGAAUAUGUGAUUUUUCUAGUAUAAUUUGUGAAAUUAGAGUGAACUAGCAGUCUUAACAGAGUUCUUUUUCGACAUAUUCCUCUUGGUACUUUGCCUGAGAACUUACUUAGGCCAAUUUGGUUUCAUUGGGAGGCCUAUUUUGCUGCUGCAAUGUGUUAAACUUGCCAUGCCGCAUCGUGACAUUGAUCGGAGAAGCUAGUACAUCGAUGUUCAGUGCUCUGUUUAGUAUUAAGACUAACAACUGCAAUACCCUCUUUGUUCUUCUGGGAGAAUCCUUUCUGGUUAUUGUGGUUUGCCACAAUGCUCAACCUUAUUGGUAGACGUCGAUGUUUAUCUGCUGAAGUAAAAUCAUCAAAUUUGUUGUUGUUCAUAGAUUCUUCAGCAAUCAUGCAAUGGAACCGAUCAAUGACCACCAGUAAAAGAGUCCAAGACAGAAGCAAGAAGAAGCGGGUGCAUGACCUUGAAAUAGUGACAGAGAAGCACAAAAUACUCUCCAAAGUCCUAUUAAUAUUUGAAGUCCUUAAGCAGGAGCCUCAACAAAUCAUAUCGAUUAGGGAACUUGAUGAUUAUAGAAGACAACUAAACCUCCCAAAACCCCAUAAAAUCUCGGCCUUCCUGCGGAAAUCCCCCAAGCUUUUUGAGCUGUACAAGGAUGAUAGAGGUAUCUUGUGGUGUGGUCUGACAAAAGAGGCUGAAGAUUUAGUCCGGGAAGAGGAGGCUAUUAUUGAACAACACAGUGAUAAAGCUGCAGAGCUUGUGACUAGGAUGCUGAUGAUGUCUGUAGACAAGCGCCUUGCCUUAGAUAAAAUUGUUCAUUUCAGAAGAGAAUUGGGGUUGCCGAUGGAUUUUAGGAACCAUUGGGUGCGGAGGUUUCCUGAUCACUUUAGAGUUGUUCAGCCAUUCAAGCCUUAUGAUGAAAGUGAGUACUUAGAGCUUGCAAAUUGGAAAUCAAGUUGGGCUAUGACAGAGUUAGAAAGAAAGGCAUUGGGGGUUAUGCAGGCCCCAGAUGAUCACGUACCUGGUCCUCUUACCUUGUCUUUCCCCAUGAAAUUUCCACCUGAUUAUAAACAAUUGUUGUCCAGAUAUAAGGGGAAGAUAGAGGAUUUUCAGAAGCGGGAAUACUUGUCACCUUAUGCAGAUGCCAGUGAAUUAAAGGCUGGAACACUGGAGUUCAAUAAGCGGGCAGUUGCAGUGAUGCAUGAGCUGCUGAGUUUUACAGUCGGAAAGAGGUUGGUGACAGAUUACUUGACUCAUUUUAGAAAGGAGUUUGUAAUGCCUCAGAAACUGAUGAGACUGUUGCUGAAACAUUUUGGGAUCUUUUAUGUUUCAGAAAGAGGCAAAAGGUUUCAUGUAUUUAUCAACAGUGCUUAUGAAGGUUCUGAGUUGAUCGAGAAACAUCCUUUGAUUGUUUGGAGGGAAAAAGUUCUAAGCUUUGUUGGUUAUAGAAAGAAGAAGGAAACAAUAGACACUCUUACAGAUUCGCAGGAAUAUGAAGAUGAUAUGUUUGAGUAUGAGUCAGAAGAUGAAAAUGUUCAAGUGGAUAACAACGAGCUGACUAAGGAUAGUUUAGAGGGGGAUUUUCUGGAAAAUGAAUCUGAGAUGGAAAUAGAUGAAGUUUGUAGUGCAUACAGGGAAUGAGAAGUUAUCAAUGCAUACUAGCAUGAAGAAUCUUUAAGUCCGGAAUCUUCUUUCACCGCAUACUGUAGUCACAGUUUGAUCCUAAUUGACAUGUGUUUAUCUGCACAUUCAUUGAUUGCAUAAAGUAGCAGACUUUCUUGGUUUCCUCCAUGUUUUUCCAAGAUUUAUUUAAUGAGUUUGCUAGCCUCAACUUCAAGAGUCCUGAUCUUAAAACUGUUUUUCUUUUUGCAUAAAAUAGUGUUAGAUCAUUUCUUCAAUGCACUGAAAGGUCACGGUGCCCUUUGUUGCGUUGUAAUUCUUCCAUAUGAGAGUCACGGUUAUGGAGCAUGUGAGAGUAUAAUGCAUGUACUCUGGGAUUACUGAUAGGUGUCCUCCAAAGCAUUGUGUAUAUACUUCAGAUGUCAAGGCAGAAGGGACAGUAGAUUUACAGCGCUACGCUGUUGGUGCAACUGGAGGUGUUUAAAAGCUUGCCAAUAUGGGUGACGACAAAUUUCACUGUAUCAGAAGGUCUUUGUUGUGGUAAAUUCAUAUUUCAUGAAAAUAUCUUAGUAUGUUCCAAAAAAUCUCAUACAAAGAACUUGAUUCUUCUGUCAUGGAAGUUUAGUCAAGUAGUUGAUUGUUUGCUGGAAUUAAGUUUUAACUUAUGGAUUCCCCACAGCACAUGUAGAGAAUUUGUAAUCAAAGUUAGGUGUAUAGUGUUUUAUCAUGGAUAAAUGUAGUCUCAUCUAUUUAUGCUUU